AUGGAAGAGAUUCUCGCGUGUUUUAAUAAGAAACGCAAUAGCAACACGCUAUUGAACUUUUUAAAUUAUGAUAGACCGCUCUCUGUAAAUUUUAAACAUAUUGGCGCUUUGAAGAAUGAAAAGGUCUUGCAGCUUUUGCAAGUCUGUGUGCAAAUGAAGCAGGAGUAUGCGACGAAGUGCACGGAAACGCACCGCACAUCUGAACUAUUUGAUCUCUGCAACGAACAGCUCAAGCUAUUAAACCGGAUUGCGGAAGGCGAAACCAGGUGGAUCGCGUCUCCAUUGUAUACGUCCGCUUUACAAUUACUACAUGUUAGCGAGUUGCUGGACAAAGCAGAGGCCGAGCAAGAGACAGCAAAUGCACGCAAGAAGAAGGUGAAAGGAGACUUGGAAGAUGAGAAAUAUUUGGAGAAAUGCGUCAGAACUAUUCACACGAGUUUCAAGUUGUGUCUGAAUGACCGAAACCCCGAUUUCAAAGAUAACAAGAAGUGGGGCGUUUACCACUUCACGAACCUCGAGUUCAGGAUAUACCACCGCUUGCAAAACCGCGAUAUGGUGCGAAACUUGGUCAAAGUGCUGGACAGCAGGGUUUCGGAACUGCCCAGCCCGGAGACGGCGCUUCGCGCGUGCAAGGCGCAACUGGUCACGUACUACUACUACAAGGGCGAAUUCUACGGCUGCCACAACGGGGAUUUCCAGAAGGCAUUUGAGUUUCUCAACAAGGCGUGGCUCGAGAGCUGCGCAGAUGUGGACGUGGGCGCGCAGCAAAAGGACGCCAUCAUGGUGCUGCUGGUGCCCUUUGCGAUCUUGGCGUUCAAGUGGUACCCAGACAGCGUGUUGCUGAAGCAAUUGCAUCCUCGCGUGGCAGUUCUCUACGCUCCGCUCCUGGCGUGCUUGCAGAAUGGUGAUUUGAAGGCGCUCGACACGUGGUUGGACGCCCACGAGCUGCUGCUGCUCCGCAAGAACCUCUACGUGGCCACAGUGCUGAUGCGGGAGCUGGUGCUCGUGAAACUGGUCAAGACGUGCUGGCGAGUGAACGGCGCCCGCUCGAUAGUCCCCGUAGACCUGGUGGCCACGGCCGUCGCGCGCAGCGCGACGCACGCGGCCGUGGGCGCGCUCACCGACGACAGCCUGGACGAAACCGAGUGCCUGCUGGCAAACCUCAUCUGCAAGGGCUACAUCAAGGGCUACCUGUCGCACGGGAACCGGGCGAUGGUAGUGAGCAAGACGAACGCGUUCCCUCGCCAGGCAGCAGAUGGGAACCAACAGAGCACCGCCACGUGA